AGCGUGGAAGUGGGAGGCCUCGCCGCUUUCCGGUGGCGGUGUGGUGGCGGGCCCGGUCUGCUCGUCUGCCACGCCUCUCUUGGCCCCGGAGGGCGGCGGGAAGCCGGGCGGGAGCUGAGGCGCGCGUUUGCACCGCAGUCCUGUCAGCGAUGAGGAAAAUCUUCACUUUGGCGAGUCACCGGGCAGAGUCGCCCGCGGUCGCGGCCCAGAGUUGGAGCGGACAGGACAAAUCACGGGCCGGAUACCACAUCCGAGACAAGGAUCUCGGAAAAAUCCACAAAGCGGCUCGCCUCGGCGAUGUGGCCCGCGUGCAGCAGCUCCUGCUGCUCGGGAAAAGCGGCGUCAAUGACCGAGACAAGAUGGACAGGACCGCUCUGCAUUUGGCAUGCGCCAGUGGCCAUCCGGAAGUGGUAAUUCUGCUAGUGGAGAGGAAAUGCCUGCUUAACGCCUAUGACAGUGAGAACAGGACACCCCUUAUGAAGGCUGUCCAAUGCCAGGAAGAAGAAUGUGCAACUAUUUUGCUGGAACAUGGUGCCAACCCAAAUCUUACAGAUACUUUUGGAAAUAGCGCCCUCCACUAUGCUGUGUAUGGUCAGAACAGAGCACUAGUAGAAAAACUGCUCUUACAUCAUGCAGAUAUUGAAGUGCGAAACAAGAAUGGCCUCACACCACUUUUACUUGCUAUCAAUGAAAACAAAGAGGAAAUGGUGGAAAUUUUAGUAAAGAAAGAAGCCAGUACUCGUGCCGUUGAUGAGACAAAAAGCAAUCAACAACUUAUUUCUGAAUAUAGAGAAGAAAAGAAAUGUAAAAUGUUUGACAAUAGCAAUUCAGAGCACGAGAGUUCUGAAGAUUCUGAAAGCAGGCUUUCCAGUGAACCUGAUAUUGAUGACCCGUGGCCUACAUCAGUUGAGGAAGACUUAGAUUUGGAGACUAAGACUGUUCCCAAACCAAACUUAACGAAGUUCUUGACUGCUUCUCAACAAUUCAGGAAAAAUAUGGAAGCAAAGCCUGACACUGUGAAGCCUGAAAAUGCGACUUUGCUUGACAGUGGUAAUUCGAAUGGUCAAAAUGAAGAUGAGAUUAAAACCUUUCCUACGUUGGCCAAAGUCCAGAGCUUUUCUCAUUCUGCCUCCCCAUCCCCCAAGCCUCUUCUAAAGUGUUCCUUCGGGUCUACAGCCAUCCCUGGCCCUGCCAAGGAAGAAAUGCCAAAGCCAGAAAUUGGAAAAAAAGAAAUUGACAUUGGUAGUGAAAGUGCCACAAGAGAACAAACAAAUAAUGAUGGAUUGACCCAUACUGAUGAAGUACACAAGAGUAAUAGAAGGGACAUGAUGUCUGCGUUAGGAUUUGGCGAAGAGGAAGACAUAGAAUCACCUUGGGAUUCUGAGAGUGUUUCUGAAAGCCCUCCGCAUAAGUCUACUGAUGAGUCUGAAGCUGCAAACCAAAGAAGUAUAAAUAAGCAAGUAGAUGAUGUGUUUUAUAUACCUUCUUGCAUCAGUGGAUCAAGAAAUACUAAGACGGCUAAACUAGAAAAUACAAGAAGUAUAGGCAUACCAGUAGCCCGCGUGGAGUCUCCUGAGAGAUACCCUCAUCUGAAGCCUGCUGUUGAAAUGGAAGAUUCCAUUCCAAGUAAAGCAGCAGGAAUAAUGGAUAUACUAACCUCCAGAGCAGACACAGUCAAGGAAGCAAAACCAGUACGAGAAAUAUGCCAGAAGCCGAAGCUACCGGAGCCGUCAGGUGGGGAUUGCAAUGCUAAUAACUCUAGAAGUGUGGAAUCCGAGCUAGAUCCUGUGAGUUCUUGCCCAGCGCAGAGUGACUUAGAUGUGACAUCUGAGGAAGAGCAAGAAGGACUUGAAGGAAGUAAAAAUAACGAGUCACGGUUUCAUGAAGAAAACAAGAACCAAAGUAACCCAAUGGAAGUGUUGGGAAACCCGUGUGCUGCUGCUGCUUUUGAUGACCGUGCUGAGGGAUCAACUCAACAAAGAGAGGGCAGAAAGACCAGUGCCCAGCGCGUUGUGACUAAGGAGAACGAGGAAUGUGACAGAUACAGUCCAGCUUUGCAUAUGAAGGAAGUAGAGAAAAAUGAAAAUGAAAAUGAACACCGGAUCUGCACGGAGUCUCGGAUUUCACCAGGACUGGCCAAGAACAGCUCGCCAGCUGGCGGCCCACCGGAAAUCAGUGAUGACUACAGCUGGAGUGAUGAGGAUCCAGAGGAAGCAAGGCCUGCAAAGAAAGCAGCUAAUGAAAAGAACAAGGUCAAAACCCAAAUCAGUUCUACGGAUGAGCACGAUGACAUCACUCCAUCAUCUGAGACAGCCUCAGAGGAUUAUGAGUGGCCUCAUUCUAAGAAUCCUGCGCUGCUCCUGGAGCAACUUGGAGUGGGCUGUAAAGAUUCUGUCAGCCUAUUGAAAAUCCAGGAUGCAAUUCUUUCAUAUGAAAGAUUAAUAGAACUUAAAAAGAAUCAUUGUAGACUGCUUAAAGGAAAAGUUAAAAAGCUGGAAAAUAAGGUUAGUGGACUGAAAAAAGAGCUGUCUGAAGUAAGAGAAGUGAAAUCACAGUUGGAACAUCAAAAAGUAGAAGGGGAACAAGAAUGCUGCAGUUUGAGAUUUACCUUAAAACAAGAAACAGAAAAGAGAAGAAAUGCUGAGGUAUUGUAUAAAAAAAUUAAGGAGCAAUUAAGAAGAAAAGAAGAGCAAUAUAGUAAAGAAGUUGAAAUGAAAGGACAACUUGAGCUGACCCUUAGGACGUUAGAAAUGGAAUUGAGAACUGUAAGAAGUAACUUGAAUCAGGUUGUGGAAGAGCGAAACGACGCUCAGAGGCAACUUUCUAGAGAACAGAAUGCCAGAAAAUUACAAGAUGGCAUUCUGACCAGUCACCUUUGCAAGCAAAAGGAGAUAGAAAUAGCUCGAAAGGAAAUGAAUUCUGAGAUUUUUGAUAGUCAUGAAAAAGAAAAGGAACUUCUACAUAAAAAUCAUGUGUUACAAGAUGAAAUUGCCGUGCUAAAACUGGAAAUAGACACAAUAAAAAGUCAGAACAAGGAAAAGGAAAACAAAUAUUUUGAGGACAUUGAAAUUAUAAGAGGAAAGAAUGAUGAACUUCAGAAGACAAUAAAGUUGAAUGAGGAAGCACUAACGAAAACAAUAUUCCAGUAUAAUGGACAGCUUAACGUUCUGACAGCUGAGAAUACAAGGCUAACUUCUAACCUGGAGCUUGAAAAACAGAACAAGGAAAGGCUGGAGGCAGAAGUUGAAUCAUACCAUACUAGACUGACUGCUGCUAUACAAGAGCAUGAACAAAGUCAAACAUCAGAAAGAGACCUGAAACUGGCUUUCCAGAGAGCAAGAGAAGAGUGGCUGUGUUUACAGGACAAAAUGAAUUUUGAAAUAUCUAACCUCAAGGAUAGCAACGAAAUUCUUUCUCAGCAACUUUCUAAAGCUGAAAGGGAAUUUAACAGUCUAGAAAUUAAGCUCCAUCACACCAAAGAGACUCUCAGAGAAAAGACUUUGGCGUUAGAUUGUGUCCAAAGAGACCUGAGCCAUACGCAGUGCCAAAUGAAGGAGAUGGAGCAGAUGUACCAAAAAGAACAAGGUAAAGUGAGUAAGUACAUCGGGAAGCAGGAAUCCGUGAAGGAGAGAUUAUGUCAACUACAGAGUGAGAAUAUGUUGCUUCGACAACAACUGGAUGAUGCUCAAAACAAAGUGGAAGAUAAAGAAAAGACAGUAGUUACUAUUCAGAACCAGUUUCAUGAUAUUGUGAAGCAGCUCCAGGCUGAGAAUGAAAAACAAAGUCUUAUGCUGGGAGAGAGGAAUAAGGAGCUGCUCUCUCAAUGUGAUCAUCUAAAAGAAAGGCUGUAUCAAUAUGAAAAUGAGAAAACAGAAAGAGAGGUAGCUGUAAGACAACUUCAGCAAGAACUGGCCGACACUUUAAAGAAGCAGUCAAUGUCGGAGGCUUCACUGGAGGUAAUAACACGUCAUCGGAUUAAUCUAGAAGAUGAGAUACAGAAUUUAAAGAAGAAAUUAGAUCGCAUCAGUAGUCAGUUGCAAGAAGCACAAGACCAAAACACAGAGCUUGUACGAGACGCCGAAAAGAUGCAAGGUCAACUGCAAAGGCUUGAAAAUGAAAAUUCUGAGUUAAAAGUUACAAUCAAAAAACAAGCAGAGAAAAUUGAACAUCUUCAGAAAAGUCCAUCAAGUCCCAGUUUGUCUAAGGAUGAAAAGGAACAACUACAGACACUCACUGAGUUAAAACAAUCUCUGGAAUAUAAUUUGGGUGAAGAAAUGAAGAAAAAUGGUGAAUUAGAAAAAGAGAUUACUGAAGUUAAGAACCUCCUAACCAUGGCAAGAAAGAAGUUAAAUGAAUAUGAAAAUGGAGAAUUUCAUUCCCAUGGAGAUUUAAAAAUGAGCCAAUUUGAAAUGGCUAUUGAGAAUAAUAUGCUAAAAUAUAAGAUUGACGAUCUUACAGCUAAGCUAGAAUCUGCAUCUUCAAAAUGUCUACAGCUGGAAUCAACCAAUCAAGUACUAAAGCAACAGCUGUCUUCAACAAAAACCCAACAAAAGAAAUGUGAAAAACUAGAGAAGCAUAAAAAGAAAUUGGAACAAGAAGUUGUCAACCUCAAAAGUCUUGUGGAAAUGAAUAUGGUAGACCGUGGCCAAGUAGAGCAGUAUAAAAGAGAGAUUGAAGAAAGAGCAAGACAAGAUGUAGUUGAAAAAUUGAAGGAAGUCAAUCUUUUUUUACAGGCACAAGCAGCAUCUCAGGACAGCUUAGAGCAGCUAAGGGACAGUAACCACGCAUCCCUGAGGAGUCAGAUGGAACUCCGAAUUCAAGAUCUGGAAUCCGAACUCUCCAAACUGAGAGCUGCUCAGCAAGAUUCUAGCAAAACAGAACUGGAAAAAUACAAGCAGUUCUAUCUGGAGGAAUUAAAGGUCAGACACUCACUGUCAGCAGAACUAAACAAGACGAACGAGAGGCUGGCCGAGCUGCGCACAGAACUGCUGCUGGAGAAGCAGCAGAGAUGGCUGCUCAGCACGCUCGGCGGGAGGCCGCUGCUGGAGGCGCCCUGCUCCGGAAACCUUCAAGCCAGUGUAGUCCUCAACAGGAAUCUGAUUCCUAAAGAAAACCUGGCAGUUCCUACCUCAAGACCCAAGCCUUCGGACCACAGUGUGCAUGACUAUUUGACCCAGAUGCGGCAGGAGCUGGACAAAAGUAUAACUAGAGAACUAGAAAAAGCUGCUGCUGAAUUUGAAUCUGAAUCCUGUCAAAUUCCUCCUUUAGCAUCUAUGGCCAAGUCUAAUCAAACUCAAGAUCUACUUCUGAAAGCAUCUCAAGAAUAUGUACAGAUUUUGAAGAAAAACUAUAUGCUCUGAAGGACAAUCAAAGUUAACUGGCCAGACUCUUGACUUUAAUAGCUUCCUGUUAAAUAGGUGAUAUGAAAGUUUUUGUUAAAGAGUAUUUUUGGAUCAUGAUUGAAUGAAAAUUUGAGUAUCUUAAGUCUUUUUUAAGAUUUAUAAGUGAACUUUGAGCAGAUUUUACAGAUGAAAACCAGUAUUAUGAAAUUUCAGAUACUCAAAGUACACAAAUGUCAGCUGUCAUACAGCACCCAAACGACAAACUUAAUAUUCAGCAGUUAACUGAUGACUGUAUUUUCCAGUUAUUACAUUAAAAC